ACAGCCUAAAAGAAGCAAAGCCGGCUUCUGAAGAGGGAAUUCGUCUCUUUAACAUCCUUAAAGAAACUCAAAAGAAAUAACAAGGAAUCAAUUAUGAGUGAGAUAUCUGAGAGGAAUGCUAUGAUGGAUGCCCUGCUCCAGCUGAGAUGCCACUUCACAUGGGAUUUAAUGAGAGAAGACAUAGACUUGCCUGAUUUAGAAAACAGGAUUCUGGAAGAAAUUAAUUUCCUAGACACGAAGUCCAAUGUGGGAAUUCACAAUACAUUAGCUUACAUAAAGCAUGUGAGAGGUCAAAAUGAGGAGGCUCUGAAAAUCUUGACAGAAACUGAAGCAUUGAUCCAACAGUUUCAUAAUGAUCAAGCAGAAAUAAAAAGCUUUGUGACCUGGGGAAACUAUGCUUGGAUCUAUUAUCACAUGAACAGACUGCCUGAAGCCCAGACUUACCUAGACAGGGUAGAGGCAAGUUGUAAGAAGCUUUCAAGUCCUUUCCGCUAUAAAGUGGAACUUGCAGAAAUUGACUGUGAAGAAGGGUGGGCACUGCUCAAGUUUACACGGACAUAUUAUGAAAGGGCCAAAGCUUGUUUCCAAAAGGCUCUGGAAUCAGAGCCUGAGAACCCUGAAUUCAACACUGGAUUUGCAAUCACCAUGUUUCGCCUGGACAGUCCUGUCAAACAACAGUCUAGUAUUUCUCUAGAACCACUUAGACGGGCCGUCACUCUCAACCCAGAAGAUGCUUACAUUAAGGUUCUUCUUGCACUGAAGCUCCAGUCCCUUGAUGAAGAGGAAGAAGGAGAAAAGUACCUUGAAGAGGCUUUAAACAGUAACUCCUCACAGCCCUAUGUCCUUCGUUAUGCAGCUAAAUUUUACUGCAACAAAUUGUGCCUAGAUAAAGCUCUUGAACUCUACCAAACUGCUUUAGAGUCCACUCCAUCCUCAGCUAUCCUGCAUUACCAGAUCGGAUUGUGUUACAAGACAAAAAUGAAUCAAAUCAAGAAGGCUACCAACUAUCAUCCACGUGGCAAGGAUAGAGGAAAUCUUGAAAAAGCAAUUCAGUCAGCCAUAUUUUAUUUUGAAAAGACAAAAAAACUUAAUCCCACAUUGGAAGAUAGUUAUAUAGAACUAGGCAACAUGUAUACAGAAGCACGUGACUUCCAUGAAGCAGAAAAAAACUACCAGAAGGUGCUGAAUAAGAAGCAACUUAGAGAUUCUAUAAGACAAAAGAUCCAUUAUCACUAUGGCUGCUUUCUUCAGUUUCAUAGGAAGUCUGAGGCUGAUGCUCUCACCCAUUAUCUGGAAGGAAUAAAAAUAAACACAAAUAAUAACAUGUUAAAAAUAAAUCUUUGCACUGCUUUGGAGAAACUCUCUAAAAAGCGUCUUCAUCAAAACGAAUCAGAUGUGGAGAGUUUGAGUCUUCUGGGGUUCAUUCAUAAAAUGAAAGGAAAAUCAGGAGAAGCCAUAAAGUCCUAUGAGAAAGCCCUGGAGUUGGGCUCCUCCCUUUUGCUUUCUGGAACACCUCUUUUCUCUCCAGAUGCUACUCAAUCAUUAGCUUCUUUCUGAAGCCUUUCCAGAUCCCUUCAACUGCUUCUGUAUUCUUUACACUACUGAAACCUUGUGUUUACAGAGUUUAUAUUCAUUUGUGAUUAUCUCAUUCAUCUUCAUUUUGUAAGUUAUUUCAUAUUGACGUGUUGUCUACUAAAAUGCAAACUCCUUGAAAGUAAGGAUUAUUUCAUCCUUUGGAUUUGCAUCCCAAAUAUUUGGCACAAUGUUCAGGGUGCCUGAAACAUAGUAGAUGCCUAAUAAAUAAAUGUUUAUUGACUGACUGAGUGGUGACUAAUUGAUAAAUGGAUGGAUGGAUGACUAGGAUACUGGACAUAAAAGACUCCAUUAACAAUUCCAUGAUGGAUUUGCCUUUAAUGUAAAAUUCCAUUUGUGAAUUCAGUCUCAAAAUGUCAUAAAUGCCAGUGGCUGGUUUAGCUACUAAUGAACUGAAAGACAAUACUAUAGAAUGGAGAGAGAAUUAGUGUUGAAGUCAGAAUCAUUUCAAGUCCUACUUCUGACACACACUUAUUGUAUUACUCUGGUCAAAUAAUUUUACUUUGUGGUCUUUAGGCAAUUCAGGCUAAAGGUUGCAGUGAAAAUAUUUUAUUGAUUUGUGUUGGUAGAUGCAUGUUCCUCACCUGGCAAUCCCCUAUACCAAGGAAAUCCUAGGACCAGUGUUUUGUUUUUUCCUCAAUAGUAUUUUAUUUUUCCAAAUACAUGUAGAGAAUUUUCAACAUUCAUUUUUGUAAGAUUUUGUGUUUCAAAAUUUUUUCCUCUUCUUCCCUUUCCCUUCCUCCCCAGAACAGCAACCAAUUUGAUAUAGGUUAAAUAUGUGCAAUUCUGUUAAACAUAAUUCCAUAUUUGCACAUGGCAAAUAUGCAAGAAAAAUCAGACCAGACCAAAUGGGGAAAAAUCACAAGAAAGAAAAAGCAAACCAACAAAGGUGAAAAUACUAGGCUUUCUUUCAUAUCUAGUCUUCAUAGUUCUCUCUCGAAUACAGAUGGCAUUUUCUAUCCCAAGUGUAUUGGAUUACCUUGAAUCACUGCACCAAUGAGAGAGCCAAGUUCAUCACAGUCAUCCUUCACAAAAUCUUCUUGUUACUAUGUACAAUGUACUCCUGAUUUUGCUUACUUCACUCAAUAUCACUUCAUGUAAGUCUUUCCAAGCUUUUCUGAAAUCAGUCUAAGACCAGUAUUUAUCCAAUAGAACUACUUUCUCUAAAUACCAGAUCAUUUUUAUUAAUGUUUACUGAGUAUCAAAUGAAUAGGACAGUAAAAAGGAAAUAAGAUUUACAAAUGUAGGAACUGGGUUGAAACCCCAUCCAUGAGACAUGCAAGGGCCUUGCUGGGCCUUCCUCAGUGAAAUGAAAGUACUUAACAACUAGAUCUCGCAAGGCUCCUCUAGCUCCAAAGCUUUGGUUCUAUGAUGUCAAUAAAUUAAUGUUACAAAGUUCAAUGUUAUUAAUAAAUGACUACUCAACCAUAUUUUCAUGCCAUGUCUUCUCACUUCAUCUUCUGACUAGAAUAGAAAUACAGAAGUAGGAAUCUGAAUCCCAUCCCUUAGACCCUUGCGUUCUGACUGCUGAGUUUUCACUUUAUCUCAUUCCACUAAUUCCUAAUCACCUCCAUGCCAUGUUGAUAAACUUUUCCCACUCCCAGAAUCCUAACUCCCUACUUUCCACAUCUAGCUCUCAGGACAAUUCAUCAAAUCACCACCUUUCUUCCUGGAAAGGACAUUUCAUCUGGUGCCCCAAAACUCUAAAUUUGCAUUCCCUCUGACUUCAUGCAAAAUCCCUACCUAGCCUUAAUUCCCCAUAUAUAUUUUAUCUUCCACCAUAAGAAUGGAAGCACCCUGAGGACAAAGAUUUACCUGUUUUCUUUCUAUUUGUAACCUCAGUGUUUAACACAGAAUCAGCCAUGUAUAAGUACCUUGUAAAUACUUUUUUCUUUUUAAAUUUAUUCUAGCCCACCCCAGAGACAGAAUACUAUUCUUCAAACUGCUUCACGCCAUAUAUUCUAAAACCCAUCAACUUUCCUUUUUUUUUUUUGCUCCAGAAACAUUCAUUAAACUCCAAAUUAUCAUUAGUAAACUUGUCUUUGACUCAGACUUCCCCUUCUCAAGUUAUCCCUAAUUCCUUGUUCUUACAAAAAGUGUUUCUAUAUCCUGACCUUUCUCAACCCCUACUGGCUUUCAGAAGAUGGUAGGUGACAAUAUUCUUGGUCACCAGCCACCAUCAUUACUAUGGGGUAUGACUUUUCUCUUGCCCCAUUCUACUAUACACUUGAACAGAAAAAAAAAAAAAAAAAAACAGAAAGAGUUGGUAGCCUACUUGUUUGUUAGUGUCCCUUACAGACUCUUCUUCUGUCAUCAUACAAAAUUUAUCUUCCUUUGAAAAUCACUUCAUACAUGUCCAUUGCUCUAACUAAAUGUUGGUGGCUGCUUUUUAUAUGUUUCCUAUAUCAAUCCCAUCAUGCUUUCUCCAUUCUCAGGGAUUUCAGGAGUAACUCACAAGUUUCCUUCCUACACUAAUUUCUUCAUAUCGGUACUCCUAGAGAGAUAAUGAUAUCCUUUUCAAAUAUUUUGCCUCCGCAUAGUAAAUUUCCAUAAAAGUAUCUCCAGCUAAGUGGACAUAUGUAACCCCCUAUCCCCUCUUUGAUAUUCUAUAAACUGCAAUAACUCCCUAAUGGUUUCCAGGUUAAAAUAAAAAAAUACUUUUUAUUAGCUUUAAAAACAAAAUCUUUAUGAAAUGCCACCAACCUGUCUCUUCAGGCACACUGGAUCUUCCUCCUUUUCCCUUGUACUUCUAUCUAGUCCAAUCACUUUUCUGUUCUCCUCACUUGGUUUCUGUUAUUUCCUUCAUCUGAACUGGUCAUGUCCCAUGUCUGAAAAUCCCUCCCUCCUUCCUUCUACUUCAUAGAAACCGUUUCUUCCUCUAAGGUAUAGCCACCUUGAAGCACCACCAAGAAGCCAUUCGGAUCUCUUCAGCUAAUUAGGACCCGCUUAGUUGUUGCUGUUGUUGAGUCAUUUUCAGUCAUGUCCUAGUCUUUGUGACCCCAUUUGAGGUUUUCUUGGCAGAGAUAAUAGGAUGGUGUGCCAAUCGCUUCUCCAGAUCAUUUACAGAUUAGGAAACUGAGGUAAACAGGUUUUAGUGACUUGCCCAGAGUCACCCAACUACUAUAUGUCUGAAGUUGGAUAUGAAGUUAUGAGCCUUCCAGACUCUUGGCCCAAUCCUAUGUACUAUGGUGCCCCCUAGCUGCCUAUUAAGACCCACCAUUUCUAAUUAUCUUGUCCUUAAUGUUUAUUUAUUUACUUUAUAUUUGUUCUAUAUUUACAUGUACUUGUUUCUCCCAUUAAAAAUCAAACUCUGUGAAAUCAGUUCUCUUAUUUGUGUUCUCAUUGCCUAACAACGUGCCCAGCACAAAACAUGUACUUAAUAAAUGUCUAUUGAUUAAUUAAA